CCUCCUUCGCCCCCAGGUCCUGCCCUUCCCUGCCCGCCGGAGCUCUGUCCCGCUGCUCCUUCCUGCCUGCCGGCGGCUCCCGAGGGCGGGGCGCACCUCCCGCGCAGGUACCGGGGCACAGCCGCGGGCUUCCAAGGGGCGGGCUGGGCUCGGGAAGGAGCAAGGGGAGAAGCCACACGGCGCCGACACCGCGCGGGGGCCGCUCCCGGCUCUCCCGCCGGAGGAGGCGCGGCUGUGUGGCGGCGGGAGGGACCCGGGCGCGCUUCUGAGCGCGGAACGGCGCUUCCCCCUUCCUGCUCCAUCCCUGCCUCUCCCCUCACCUGGCCGCCGCUCCCGGUGCGCGCUGCCACUCGCACCUUGGCUGUCCCCGCCCGCUGCAUGCAGCCCCCGGAGCGCCGCAGCCCAGGAGGAUACGCCGGAAUUUAAAGUUUGGUGGUCCAUCAUGGGGAACCAUGUAGGAAAACGAGAGCAUAGCACUGAGAAGUCAGCUAAGAAUGCUGAAACCAAGGUGGAGGAAGCAGCUAAGGAGAGUCCGAAAGCGGCCAGACUAACACAGCAGUCAUCAGAGGAUAAUGAAGUAUUUGGAGAGGCAGAUGUGAACCAGAACAAUGGGACCUCCACGAAGAGCCCAGCGGUGACAGACUCCAAAGGCACAGCAGACCCGAAGAAUGCCUGGCCUGAGGCCAACCCAGCUGACAGGACUGGUCGCCCCCACUUGAUCCGCCUCUUUUCCCGAGAUGCCCCAGGGAGAGAAGACAACACCUUCAAAGAUCGGCCCUCAGAGUCAGACGAGCUACAGACCAUCCAAGAGGACAGUGCAGCAGCUUCAGAGAAUUCGGAUUUGAUGGCUUCACAAAAACGCUCCUCUUUCCGGCACGGAUCAAAACUGGCAUCUGCGAGCACUAUAGACCAUGCCAGACAUGGAUCCCCACGGCACAGGGACUCGGGUCUGCUGGACUCGCUGGGCAGGUUCUUUGGAGGUGAAAGACACGUUCCCCGCCGGGGCUCGGGCAAGUGGCCAACAUACCACCAUACUACCAAGGACAUACAUGCAGCCAGGGUCAGCCACGUCGGCUCCAUCCCCCCGAGAUCUCAGCAUGGCCGGCCUGUUGAUGACAACCCAGUAGUCCACUUCUUCAAGAACAUUGUCUCACCCCGUACACCUCCCCCAAUGCAAGCAAAGGGAAGAGGAUUAUCCCUCACCAGAUUUAGCUGGGGUGGUGAAGCACACAAACCAGGAUAUGGAAGCGGAAAAUUCUAUGAGCAUAAAUCUGCUCAUAAGGGACACAAGGGAUCCUAUCAUGAGGGCCAGGGCACUCUUUCCAGAAUCUUUAAACUGGGAGGCUCUGGGUCCCGACCUGGAUCGCGGUCUGGUUCCCCCAUUGCUAGGCGCUGAAGCUCCAAGAGGCCAUCCAAGGAUCCUGUACUCUGCUUCAUAAUAUAACUGCCUUACAAUUAGUAACAGCUGCCACAUUGCCUAGAUAGAUGCAAUCCAUUACUUAAUGCCAAUUAGGUUCUGCAUGCAGUAGAUGACAAACUUCUAUUGGCAAUCCCUGAGCAACAGUUGAAUGAAAGGAACACAAAAGUAGCUUUGCUAGAUGUUUUCCUUAUUUUAUGUGAAGUAACAAGAUCUCUGACUUUACCUGUUCUUCAGGAUGCCCUAACUGUAUGCUGGACUCCUUUAUUUCUCCCAAGCACCUAAUUUAAGCUCAACUCUUCUGGUUUUAGUGAACAUCAGAAUUACAAAUAAAGAGCUAUAAUGUCUUGGAUACUGAGCACUGCUGUUAAUGAGUUUUUGAGAUACUGCUGUUAAAAACCCCAAAAACCCAACAUGUGCAGAAGUUGUAAGGACUGUUUAUCCAAAUUUUCUUUUUGUUUUUUUUGUUUUGUUUUGUUUUAAUCUUCCUUCUCUCACUCACAGAAUAAUCUAUUUUCAUAACAGGAUUAGGCAGUCAUGGAAAGGUUUAUCAAACAUUGGGAGUUUAAGGUAUGUGAAGUGUGGGAGGGGGCAGAUGUUGAAGAAUCAAUACGAUGUGGAGCAAUAGCAAUAAGGAAAUUCUUUCCAUACCAUGAAUUGCUGAUUGCAUCCAAACCAUUAGAAUAAAGAGUAGAUGAGGGAGAGAAAGAGGAUUUCAAAUUUGAGUUAGACUAAAGUUACAAAACAAGGGAUAUUCCCAGAGAAACAUCUAAGACUGCACACGUGACCACUGGAUGUCACCGGUGCUUCACAUAAACUCUGCUGCAACACCAUUAACUUUGCAGUAGAAUAAGUAAAUAAGCAUAUAAACAAAAAAAGUCUAAUUUCUGAAAGAAAGCCCUUCAGUAUUGGUAUCUCAGAUAGUCCUGCACAUCUCACGUUAGAAUUCCAGCUCUUUCUCUUGGUAUUGCAGCAGUGUUGUAUUUGUUUAGCUCAUCUUUUGCCUGAGUAACACCUGCAUGCCUGUGAAAGGCAGUGCACCAAAGCAAACUCAUAGUAAACUACUGUGAACAUUUAACUGUUGUAUUGUAGUUGCCUCGUAGAAAUAAAUUAUAGCUUAGUUAGAUUUAGAUAUGAAUUGUUCACAAAUUACUAAAACAAAUGUGUGGAGAUGGUUUUUCCAACCACACUUAGGGAAAUAAAAGGCUCUUCUGAAUUGCACUGUUUUAUUACUUAAACUACCAUUUCUUCAAACUGUCAUCUAAAUGUCUGAUUAAUUAUUUUAUUUUUUUAGUUUUAGCCUAUGCACUGUAGACCACAGUUAGUGCUUCGUAGGUUGAAACAGCAUUCCUAAUAAGUGCCCAGUAAAAGUUACCUAUAAAUAUAUAUCUUAAUUGCAUUUCACAUCUAAAUCUAUUGUAGAUUUAAAUCAGUGUCCAUUAAUAUGAAGCAAUGGAAGAUGAGAUGAUAGAAAAUACAUAGAGACUAAAGAAAACAAAACUGCCAAAAUUAUUAAGCAGACACACACAUAUUACAUCUAUUACCUUUGUUGGUUGCUAUGUGUAUUUUUCUAUUGUAGCUUCAUUCAGAUGUAUACUCUGCAACGUAAUAGUUGAUUUAAUUUGAAAACGUAUUGUUCUUAUAGGAACACAGCUUUUAAAAAUAGUCACUAUUGAAAUAAAGUAAUCAACUUGAAAUGAAACUUGGGCCAGUUUUGUUUUUUACAAAGGAAAAGGAUAUAUAUAUAUUAAUACAUAUAUAUACACACUUAGGUCUGUUUGGUUUAUUUCCCCCUUUCCCCUCCCCCAGAGUUUAUGAAUUAAGUUCAGACCCUGCACACAGGCUUCCAGUGACAUUGCAUGGCCCAGAAGAUGGACAAAAGAACACAAGAAUUAUGGAAUGCCAGUGUCUACAGAGUGACAGCUACAGGCCAGAGGGAUAUUGCAAGGCAUAAAAUGUCUAUGAACAGGCAAUAAAAACCAGCCCCCUUCUCAUGAGCAACUGUGGUGCAAACAGCCCUCAAAAAUGUGAAAGAAUAUUUAAGAUAAAAAACCUGGAGAAAUACAUCUUUCAAAAUACUGCACUGUAGAGUAACAGAAUUUAACCAAAACUUCUUCCUUGCCUUCAUUCCUCUUUUUUCCCCUCAGUCAUCUCUCUCAGAGGAUCAAAGUGGCUUUUUUGGAUUUACUUCCUUCAGUGGAAUAGGUACAGUACUUGAAAGCAUUGUUUUACCAACAAAAGAGAUUAAAACUUAGCCUGAAAUUUAUUCUUUUAGUUACAUACUAGUACUUUUGAUGAAAACCAGCAGUUUAAAUAGCAUUUGAUUUGUAAGCAAAGGAUUUUUCCUGAAACAAGAAUGCACAACCAAUACCAGGAGUUUGUAAUUUAAUGUACUGAAGGAAUGGACAUAAACCAAAAGAAAUUGUGAGCAGGCACGAGCCAAAAACCCCAAGGCUAGCACAAACCUACUCGUGGCAUUAAACCAGAAAGAACAGAGGCUGUCCCUAGCACUGCUCACUUACCCACUGUACAACAUGGCACUUCAAGCAUUCCUCAGAACAAGAGCUCUUCUGCUUCAUUAAACAGUGCAUCUGCUUUAACACUGUUUUUGAAAAUAUCAACAUAUUGGUUACUGCGUCUGUAUUUGUUCUGAACAUCAACACAUACACUGCUCUGAAAAGCUCUAAAUCAAUCUUACCAAGGUUGUAAAAAACUCUGUCAAGACACUUGAAGUUCAAGGGGGGGAAGAGGAUGCAGGGAAGCAAAUCAAAUACAAUGUUAAAAAGAAAUUUUUUACGUCUAUUACUGUAGCUGAUACGAUUUCCAAGUGCUGGAGGAGUAGCAAAUUGAAUUCAGGAAAAAUGUCUGCUGACUCCAUAACUCACAUUGUUUAUUUAACACUUCCAAGACUUGCUACAGAAUCACUGCCUCUAACAAAGGCAUAACACUUUCAGAAGUGACCCUUUAAAAAUGCCAUCUUUUUACUCAUGAGAUCAUCUUUUAGGUUGUGUGUACCAAGAAUCACAGAAUCAUUAAAUGGUCUGGGUUGGAAGGGACCUUAAAGAUCACCUAGUUCCAAGCCCUCUGUGCAUUUAUACAAUAUUCCCUGAAAUAAGAAGGAAAAGAUUUCUUACAUGGUACAUGCGACACAGCCCAUUUUGAUAUAUUAUUACAGAUAAAACAGCAUACUAUGCCAUGAGGCCAGACAACUGUAAAAUAUAAUAUCUUUCUUAAACAGCCAGAACACUGACAGGCUGCCUGGAAGGGAAGGCACUGCUGGAAGGACUUUAUUCUUUACAUCUAAUAUUCAAACACGCACUUCUGUAAACAGAGUUUUUCCAAUUCCCUAGAAUCCAGAAUCGUAUGCUUAAAAAAUACACGAAACAGAACUUGGAAAAAAGUAAUAUUAUUUAGCAUGUUUUUCAAUUAAAUAUUCCACAUAACAAAAGUGUUAUUUUCAUGUCACCAACUGUAUUACUUAUAUACAUAUGCUGAACAGUUCACAAAAGAAUUUAGAGAUGCCCUAUUAAAACCAACAGACAUUUCUUGCUUCAGCGAUCUGAAAUAACUAGUUUGUAUCAUAGAUAGAGUAUAGACAAUAUUUACAGAAAAGAGCUUUUUGGAUCUGAGAACAAUUACCUUUUAGAAAGUAAAUAAAGUCCAGGUCUGUAUUAUAGUACAACAUAUCAACCACUGAUCUAGAAGUACUUGUGGCAACUGAACAGAUGAACUACUUGCAACUGGGAUUAAUAUUUACAAAAUAUACUGACGGCCACACAGAGGCUCAUAAACUUUAAAUAUAUAUAUACACAUAUAUAAGCACACAUAUAUAUAUAUCUAUAUAUAUGUAACAUAAAUAAAAUUCAAAAGAACAAGGCAAAAAUAAGAAAACAGCUUCUGUCUUUGGAAUGUCUAAAAGACAACGAUGCUUUUACUCCAGUGUUUCUUUGCUAUGAAUAUACUUAACAAGUGGCACCUUUGAAAGCAAUACUCAGUCAGCUAGGUAGUUUUGCUGAAACAACGACUUAAACAACAAAUAAAUGUAACAUAUUUCCAAAAUCCACAAAGAAAAUAAUAAGGAAUUUACAGAUUACAGAAUCAAAAUGAGAACUGUUUACAGCACUGGGGAACAUUGUAUAGUAUAGGUGACCUAGUGUGCAUCUAAAUUUCUCACUGCUACCACAAAAUGGAACUAGUUUACCUUACAGAUUUAGUAUAUGGCUGUUUUCCACAGAUACUGAGAUAUGGACCUGCUGACCCAGUACAGCAAACAACAACAGAGGCUUUUACUGGAACCUUUUCUCAUUUGGAUUCUUUUUAAGUAAUUAUUGCCAAGUCCAAAAUGUCAAGAUUUUUACUGUAAAAACUAACAUCUAUCUGCCUCUGUGGUUGGAAUGAAAACGAACAUGCUCCCUCUCAAGAGUUUAACUCAAGAAAAGCCAUGAGCUGGCAGUAUUUUAUUUUUUUUAACAAAUUCUCAAAAUGCACUAAAAAAGAAAGCUUUCAAAAGAAAUACAGCCUUUCCCUGUGCUUUGUAAGAAAAAAAAAAACAA